UUGACCCGGGGUUUAUACGUUUCACCCUGACCCUGUCGUGCAGUUAUUAACAUAACAGGUUGAUUACACUACACUAUCUAGACCUUGGGCCUAAUGAAUUCUGCUCAGCCAUGUCCACCUCCUAUAGUCAAGGAAGAAAUUGACCUACCAAACGGAUACAGAACAAAAUUGGCAUUUCUGCUUCAUAAUGUCAUGACAGAAGAAGAAUGCAAAAACUUUAUUACCAAAUCAGAAGAGGUUGGCUACGAGGAGGCUUUACUUAAUAUAGGUGGUGGAAGCAGACAAAUAAUGAUGUCAGAAAUUCGAAACAGUAAACGGUGUAUUAUAGAUUCUUAUGAAUAUGCUGCCGAGUUGUGGAAGAGAAUCAAAGGAUUUCUCCCUGAUGAUUUUGAAGGGAAAAAAAUUUUGGGCCUUAAUGAAAGACUUCGAUUUCUACGGUAUGAUCCUGGACAUUAUUUUAAAGAGCAUCUAGAUGGAGCCUAUGUACGGGAUAAUGGUGAAGCUAGUGUCAUCACCUUAUUAUUGUAUUUAAAUCAGGGAUUUGAAGGUGGUGCAACAACAUUUUUAGGAAUAAACAAUGAACGAAUUUCUGUUGUACCAAAAACAGGCUCUGUACUUAUCUUUCAACAUGAUGUUAGACAUGAAGGAUCACUCCUGGUAAAAGGCAGAAAAUACACAGUGAGGACUGAUGUUAUGGCAUCUGCUACCUAGAGUUUGUCAAAGGGUGUCUGUUUUGUUUUGUAAGAUUGUAUAUUCUUUUAACAAAUGUCUUUCAAAUUGGUGCUCAUGAAAGUGAUUAUAUUUAAGAUUUAUAAUCUAGUGUCAUGGUGUGAAUGCAUUGAAGAAGUGAUGAUGUCAACAAAUGUUAACUAAGGGAUUAACCAUGAAUUGUUGAAUAGUGGGCAACUUAAUACAACAAACUCAACCAGUCCAAUACAGAAUGCAUGAAUACAAUAUACAUCAGAAGCUGACACUACCAAACAAGAUAAUGUGUGUUAAAAUAAUGUUAAAAUCCUACAGCUAAUCAACCAGCAGUCUUGAUUACCACGGAACACAAAAGCAUAUUCCACCUUUCUCUGCCUCACAUUUCACCUUUCUCUGCCUCACAUUUCACCUUUCUCUGCCUCACAUUUCACCUUUCUCUGCCUCACUUUUCACCUUUCUCUGCCUCACAUUUCACCUUUCUCUGCCUCACUUUUCACCUUUCUCUGCCUCACAUUUCACCUUUCUCUGCCUCACAGUCAUGGAAACUAAAUAAUACCUGGGUGAAAGGGACAAGCCAGAUCAAUACAUACAUUAGACUUUGAAAUUAACUGUUGCACCAUCCUAUACAGUAAAAGUAAUAACAGCAAUAGUAUAAGCCAGUGGUCCAUGUACAUGGAGGGCUAGGUUACUCCCCUUGGUCUCAAGUUAGACAUUUUUUACUUGAUACUUUAAAGUGUUAAACUAUUACAGAAAGGUGCUGGUGAAAUAUGCAUGAUGCCUCUCUUCACCAGGGGAACUAACCUUAGCAAUCACCCCCACAUUCUGCCUGCUGUUGAAUAGUUUUCUGUACUCUGUUAAUCACCUGGUCUCUGGAGCACAAGUAUUGCUUUGACUCCCUAAAGUUGUUGCAGACUAGACUUCUUGUGUUACAUUGCUAGAGCUAUAUUGUCUGGUGUGCCAAGUUUCUACCAAAGAUCUUUUGUAACAGUUCACAUUGAUUAAUAGUCUUUUAUAUAACCAUCCUCUUCAACUUGAAACAAGAAACUAAUAGAAACCAUUACAACAUUCUACACCACUUUCCAAAUAUAAACCUUCAGGAUAUUUAAAGUAUUUAAAAUUACUACAUCUGAAUUACAUAUAUUUUAAAUGUCUAUAUCAGGAUUGAAAACUAUUACAUUCUUUAUGUAUUGUAUUUUCAAGAUUUUUCAUUCAGUACUGAUUGAAUAUUCUAUUUCUUAAAUCAGUUUGUGCAUUAUGGCGUCAUGUAAGCAUUACUUAACUCAGGAUUGACUUUUUACUUUCUCAUACAUUGAGUAUAGAGGAAAUAUUGUUGUAGCCCUAACAAACUGUUUUACACCUACUUGAGUCAGAAAACUUAGUUGUCUGUGCUUGUUUGUGUGUAUGUGAAACCAUUUCAGUUAGGUUAACUAAAUUUCACAUGUAAGUGUUACAGCAAAUUAGUAGUUAUAUACUAACUUCUGAGCAUUUUGUGAUACUUUAUCGACUUUCAGUUUCUUAAAAGCUGAUGACUUAAGUACCGUUUCAGUUAGGUGGUAAAAAUUUCACAGGUUCUUUCAAGUUUCAAACAAUUUCCUGUAAUUGCAAGUGGUAUUUUAAUCUAUUUCCAAAGGAACAUGAUAACUUAGUACUGUUUAAGUUAGAUAGAUGAAAGUUCAUAGUUAAAGAACUUAUAAUUAGAUUACUUUUAAUUUUUGCGUAACCUCUGACAACCUGUGGUUCCAUCUCAAUCUUUUAUAUUUUUAUAGCCCAAGUGCAGUGUAAGUAUAAUUCCAACCCUUACUGUUAUAAAAUACAAGAAAGUUUGUUGUAAAAAAGGGUUGGAC